UUUAUUAUAGUUAACUUUUAGCUUUAAUCGUUUACGAAUCAGUAAAACACAAAAUAAAAAAAUGUUUAAAAUUUUUGUUGCCUGCUGCUUUACUUUGAUGGCUAUCGUAACUGCUAAGCCUGGUGUGGUAACAUAUACAGCUCCUGUGGCGGCCGCUCCUUUAGUUGAUACUACUAUUGCUGCUGCCGCUGUGACAGGUCAUGCAGCUUAUGUUGCGCCUUACGCCUCAAGCUAUAAUGCUCACACCGUUACCCAUUCCGUUGCCGCACCUUUCGUUGCCGCUGCUACCGCUCCUUAUAUUGCCGCUGCUCCCGCUCACUAUGUUGCUGCUGCUGCACCUUUGUUAUUCAAGUAAACUGUGAUUUUGCGUCUUUUUGUUUCGAUUGAAUGCUUUGAAAUGCUGAAAAUAAACUUAAUGAGGUAUAAAAUAUUCCUAUUGAAAAUGGUCUGUUGCUUAUCAGUUCCCUGACCGGGCUAAUGGAAUAAGUGCUAAUGUUAGGAGCCAAAGUUUUAAACUAAUCUUCAUAUCUAAUGCUACUAUAGCUACCAGCUGUAUAAUAUAUUUGUGUUCACAUUUGCCGUUAACAAAAGCAGUGGGAAAAUAUCAACAUUUUUGUUGCGCUUAUAUGAGUAAUUGUUAAAGGUCUUCAGGGAAAAUGAUGAUGAUUAUUUUGCGGAUGCGUUAGGUGAUAAGAAUUGAGAUUCACGAUAUUAAGCCUUACAUGGAACUUUUUCUCUGAUUGCAAAAGAAAUUAUUGCAAAUAGAAGUACCUCUUUUUGUUAAGUGAUGUUUAAAAGAACUCACCGAUGAAUCCCUAAAGUAAUUAUCUUUCUGACUGAGAAAAACAGAAAUGUUAUAGUAGGACUAGGUUGAACCUACACUGCUUUGCCUAACACAAUGCUUCAAUUCAUUUACUUUCGUCAUAAUAUAUCUAACAUCAUACGUUUUCGCCAUCUAAAUGCUCACUUUUCAGAAAAGCUCUUGUGUGCGAAACAGGCGGACCCCAAAACAUCAACAGACGCAGACCAAAUUUGGCAAAGUGAUUCUUUGUUAAGAAAUCAUUUUCAGUGGUUGUUUAUUUUUG